CUCAACCCCUCUCUCUUUCCUCCAUAAAACACCCUCCGGGUCUCUCCGCUUUCCUACUCUCUCAUAAGUACUCCAUUGCAAAUUGCAAUUUAGAAGCAGAGCAAAAGCCUCCUCUCCUCUCUCUCCUACUCUGCUUCUCCUGAAACAGAGAGCAUGGAACGCUUCACCAUUUCUCUAUUCCUCUUCCUCCUUUGCAUCCUAUCAUUUGCAGGUGCUGCAUUUUCAGAUGGAGGUUCCAUUGGAGUGAACUAUGGGCGAAUAGCGAACAACCUACCAUCAGCAGUGAAAGUAGUUCAGCUUCUGAAAUCUCAAGGUCUAAACCGGGUCAAGGUCUACGAUACUGACCCGUCUGUCCUCAGAGCCCUAUCCGGAUGUGGAAUCAAAGUCACCGUCGAUCUCCCCAACAAACUUCUUUUCUCUGCAGCCAAACGCCAGUCCUUCGCCAACGUAUGGGUCCAGCGAAACGUCGCCGUUUACCACCCCUCAACCCAAAUCGAAGCCAUUGCCGUCGGCAACGAAGUCUUCGUCGACCCACACAACACCACAACGUUCCUCCUACCCGCCAUGAAAAACAUACAUCAAGCUCUGGUCAAGUACAACCUCCACAACACUAUUAAAGUCUCUUCACCUAUAGCUCUCAGCGCCCUCCAAAAUUCUUACCCAUCCUCAUCCGGAUCCUUCCGACCCGAACUCCUCGAACCUGUUUUCCAACCAAUGCUAGAUUUUCUUCGACAAACCGGAUCGUACCUCAUGGUCAAUGCCUACCCGUUUUUCGCAUACGAAUCCAACGCCGACGUUAUCUCUCUGGACUAUGCUCUGUUUCGUGAAAACCCAGGCGUCGUCGACUCCGGCAACGGCUUACGUUAUUUCAGUCUGUUUGAUGCUCAAAUCGACGCCGUUUUCGCGGCAAUGUCGGCUUUGAAGUACGAUGAUAUCAACAUUGUCAUAACGGAGACUGGUUGGCCGUCAAAGGGUGAUGAGAAUGAAGUCGGAGCCAGUUUAGAGAACGCCGCUGCGUAUAACGGCAACUUGGUCCGACGGGUGCUCAACGGCGGUGGGACCCCAUUAAGGCCCAAAGCAGAUCUGACCGUUUAUCUCUUCGCUCUCUUCAACGAGAACGAGAAAAAUGGGCCCACUUCGGAGAGAAACUACGGUCUCUUCUACCCUAGUGAAGAGAAGGUUUAUGAUAUACCAUUUACAGUGGAGGGAUUGAAGAACUACCGGGACAAGCCGUCUCCGGUGGGUGGUCAAAGGGUGUCCCCGCCGGUCAACGGUGGAGGGAAUGUGUCGACGAGUGUCUCGGGACAGACAUGGUGUGUGGCUAGUGGGGAUGCGGGAAAGACUAAGCUGCAAGCGGCACUAGAUUAUGCUUGUGGUGAGGGUGGGGCUGAUUGCCAUCCGAUCCAACCAGGGUCCACGUGUUACAAUCCUAACACAAUCGAGGCUCACGCUUCGUUCGCGUUCAACAGCUAUUAUCAGAAGAAAGCACGUGCGAUUGGCACCUGCUAUUUUGGUGGGGCCGCGUACAUCGUCACUCAGCCGCCUAAAUUUGGGAAGUGUGAGUUCCCAACUGGAUACUGAAGACAAAGGCAUGGAGGGUAAGGACUAAGGAUUGGUUGAAGAUGGAAAAAGGGUGUGGAGUGGUUGAAGGAUAGGGAGUUCUUACUAUUUGUUUUAGGUCUUUUUGGUACCUUUUUUUUAUGGGGUGGUUAUGUAUUUAUUUUGAGUAGUUGGAGUUGUUAGAAAUCAAUUACUUGCUCUAUCUUUUGUAUGUAAUUAACAACAGCUAAUAUAUUCUCUUCUGUUUCUUCCAACUUUCACCUUGUAUUUAUUUCUAUCUUCAACUACCUUCCCUCCUUCUCUCUCCACUACCCUUUUUUUUUCCUUCUCCCUCCCCUCCUUUGUGUGCAGAAUUUAGAGUAGGGAAUUUGCUGCCCAG